AAUGAUUUUAUUCUUUUCUCAGGAAUUACAUACCUGGAUCAUGUUGGGGCAACACAAUAUCCACAAAGUGUUAUAAAAAGUGUGUAUGAUGACUUAACUAACAAUGUUUAUGGAAAUCCACACAGUAGAAACCCCAGCAGUCAGUUGUCUGGAGAUAUAGUUGAACAAGUUCGCAGUAGAAUUUUAAGGUACUUUAAUACUAAUGCAGAAAGUCACAGUGUGAUUUUCACUGCUGGUGCUACCGAUGCCAUAAAACUUCUAGCAGAGAGUUUUCACUGGCAAGAAGGCAUAGACAAGCAUUGUUGUCAACACAGAAGUUGCUUUUGCUAUCUUGAAGAAAAUCACACCUCAGUGGUUGGUAUCAGAGAAAGAGCUGUGAAUAGUGGAGCAAAUAUUAUAUGUGUUAGUGAAAAUGAUAUCACUAGAGGAGAGCAAGACCUGCAUUUAAAGAUGUACAAUUUGCACCACAAUAACAUUGGAGACUGUGUUACAGAAGAACAGAAUGAGCACUGCUGCUAUAAUCUGUUUGCUUUUCCUGCAAUGUGCAAUUUCUCAGGUGCCAAGUAUCCUCUUGAAUGGGUUUCUCAAACUCAGCAGCGAUCGAUAUUUGGUAAAUGCAGUCCUUUGUACCAAUGGUAUGUUCUUUUGGAUGCAGCAUCAUUUGUAAGCACAUCUCCUUUGAACUUGGAUUCCUGCCCUGCAGAUUUUGUUCCAGUUUCAUUUUAUAAGAUCUUUGGUUUUCCAACUGGAUUAGGUGCUCUCAUUGUAAGGAACAGCAGUUCACAUGUCCUCAGGAAGUGUUAUUACGGUGGAGGAACAGUGCAGGCUACAAUUUCAAGUGAAAGGUUUCAUGUCUUGAGGACAAAUCUAUCUGAAAAGUGAGUAUUUUGAAUUAGUGCUUUUCAUGUUAAUAGAGCUAUAAUGGGCAGAAUUGGUAGCUGUUAAUAUGAUAUGAACAUGGCAGCACAAAAAUCAUUGUAAGUGUGAGACUCAUGUUGUUAAGUUAAUUUGAGUCCGACUCUCCAACUUUUCACUCUAUGUCAAUAUCUGACACUUAUGGCAAUAAAUGAGUUAUGCAGAGUACUGUUUUUUGAUUAAUGCAUAAAUUACAUCUUGUAGCAACUUUGCAAUUUUCCUACUGACAUAGUCUGCAGAGUAACUGAUUUGUGAUUUUUUUUUCUGAUUUGUGUAAGUUAGAAAUGUUUUUUUUCACAUACUGAGGAAAAUUAAGCAUUAAAUUAUCUUUGAGUGAUAAGAUGUGUUCAGACCUGUGCCCAGAAGAGACCCCUGUUUGACUCUUUCAAGCAAUCACCAAAUUAGACAUGCUCGAAAAAGUCCCAUUGGGUUGCUUGGGACGAGUAGAUUUUCUUCCGGGACAAGUAAUGGGCAAGGGUCUAAGAAAGUUAUCUUCUAAUAAAAUCAUUCACAAAGACAAGCAAGAAGUGGCCCUGAGCAAGCGAAAUGUGUGGCUGGAAUUCAAUUUUUUUUAAAGCCUUGAUUAGAUCUUUGCAUUUUGAGUGGUUCAGUGGUACUUACAGUUCUUCAAUGGAAGUCUUACUUAAUUUGAAGCAUGUUUUCAUUUCAGAUUUGAAGAUGGGACCCUUCCAUACCUGGACAUCAUUGCUUUACAUCAUGCUUUUAAUGUAUAUGAGCAGCUUAUAGGAUCUAUGAAUGCUGUCUUGGAUCAUACCCACAGCCUUGCUUUAUACACAUAUAACAAAAUGUCUGCAAUGAAGCAUGCUUCUGGCAACCCCUUGUGCAAAAUAUACUGCAAGACUGAUUUUAAAAACAAAACUCAGCAAGGCCCAAUCAUAAACUUCAAUGUAUUGAGAGCAAAUGGAGACUUUGUUGGCUAUAGCGAGGUACUGAAAAACUGUUUUCUUUAGAUCAUAAAGACAAGACGGGUUUCACAUUAAAUUUUUUUUUAAGCAAAAAUUGUCAUAGCGCUGUCAGUCAACUUUGUUAUCAAAAUUCAAAGACAGAAGCCAGUUUUCUUUCCUAUUUACUUUUGCCUUGCAACAAGCAAGGAAGUUCAGCACAAGAUGUUGUUGCUGGGCAUGCUGGAUUUCAUAAUUUUACAGCUUUUGGGUUCACUACAGUUUUCCUAGAACACCACCAUGAUACUUUAGAGAAAAGUGAUUGAAUUGCUAAAAACACACAAAAAUAAUUUUUACAUUUAAUGUAAUACCUUUUAGGUAGAAAAGAUGGCAAGCUUGUACAAUAUUCACCUGAGGACUGGAUGUUUUUGUAACACAGGAGCCUGUCAGAAAUUUCUUAUUCUGUCAAAUGAACAAAUCAAGAACAACCUAUCUGCUGGUCAUAUAUGUGGUGAUGAUGUAGAUCUUAUUGCAGGAAAACCUACUGGUUCAGUCAGAAUCUCAUUUGGCUACAUAUCCAGCUUCACUGAUGCACUUGCAUUUUUAAACUUCUUAGAAGAGUGCUUUCUGGAGAGAGACACAAAUGACACAUUUUGUGGUACAAACACUGUAGCUGAUGCCAAAAGCUGUGUGCUGAGUGCGACCAAUACAGCGUUGAUUAAUCAUUCUGGCAAGUUAUGUGAUGACAUGUUUGAAAAGAACUGCUCUGAGGAUGCGAAGUAUAGCAAUCUGCCUGAAAUACCUCCAAAGAAAGCAAGUGACUUUACUGUGGUUGACAAAACUAGCAUUUCAAGUGGCUUGGAACAGACUAAGUUAUCUUCUAUCUCUAUUGUGAACCAGGGACACUCUUCUGUAAUGGGUAAUCAAGUUGAGGAUUAUCAUAUUGACAGGAACACCAACCUUAGACUAGAAAAGAUUUGCCUUUACCCUAUCAAGUCUUGUGCAGCCUUCCAGGUAAUUAAGCGCAACUUCAUGCAUAUAUGGUAAUGGAUUUAUGAAGACUGAUUGAAAGUGUGUUAGAAGUGAAGUAUUUUCAUGUACUAGCUGGAAUUCUGGUAAACUUCAAUCGGGUGAAAAUAACAUUAUUGGAUAGGCAGUACUUUUAUUAUUUGUUCCCUAACUUUGAAAGAAGAGAAAAGAAUGCAAUGAUUCAUUACUGGCACAUGGAUUGUACCUGCUGUUCAUCAUCUCCUUUUUGUUUAUAUUCCAGGUCAGUGAAUGGGAGGUUGGUCUCCGAGGAUUUGUUUAUGAUCGGCAGUGGAUGAUUGUUACUGAUUCUGGGGUUUGUUUAACUCAAAAAAGAGAACCACGACUCUGUCACAUAAAGCCUUCACUGGAUCUCAACAAAGGUGUUCUUUCACUAACAGCACCAGGUACAUACUGGCCUAAUGUGGUUCAAAUUUUUCUUUGGUUUAAAAAUUUUUAACCAGUGAGCUUCUAAUUUAUUUUGGUUUUAGGGGCAGAUUCAAUGGACAUUUUUUGGUAGAAUAGGAAUGCAUUCUCAAAUAAAUUUACAGAAAUUAGAUACCAGUAGUCUUUAUCAUUAAAUUAAAUUUUUCUGGUUUUAGAAUAUUGACCUCCUAGUUUGUUUACUGAGUACAGCAAUAUCUCAAAGUUUAUGUUACAAGUAUGGUGUCAACAAACAACAUUGUUGACAUGAGAAUAUUAAUGUUUUUUGGAAGAAAAUUUAAUUCUGGCCUUGCGUGUAUGAAUAGUUUAUGAGAAGCAUGAUAAAUAUUGUGAACAUGUUUAUGCAAUAAACACCAAAAGUAUUUGUGAUUUGUAGUUAUGAAAUCCUGUUCCAAAGACCAAUGAACUCUACCAUAUCCCAUAAAACAAGCAAUAGACUCUCUGAAAACUCUUUUAAAAUAUAUCUUUUUAAGCAAGCUUUUUACGGAUUAAUUCUUUUAAUUUUUUUUGUUUUUGUAAUAAUUUUUGGACUUAUCUGCUACAUAGUAUAUAAAUUGUUGCUGUUAUUAUUAUGAUUGAUAUUCCUGCACUUAAUUAAUUACUUCUCAUGGAAUAAUGUAAGUACCUUAUACAAUUAAAUGGAUACAGUGAUUACCAGUAUUGUAUCGGUCAGGUAUGACUGCAUGUUUUAAUGCAGUUAUUAAUAUGUUUUUUCAGGAAUGUUGACUCUGGUUUUACAACUGCAUUCACCAUCAGAGAAUAAGACGGUGAGACGCGAGGCUAUUUUGUGUCAAACCAAAGUCUGUGGAGAUAGGUAAAAACCUACUGAUUGUUGAAUAAGUAUAACAUUGAACAAAGGCAUGAUAAAAACUAUGGUAAAUAUCUCAUUGUCUUUCAUUAAUAUGUUAAGGGUUUCAGCUCUGGACUGUGGAGAAGAGGCUGCCCACUGGAUGUCAACAUUUUUAAAAAGGAACUGUCGCCUGAUUGAGCAUCAUAAGCAAGAUAACCGUACCUGUAAAUUAGGAGGUAUAGUAUAAUUUAUAAAAAUCCCUUUUUUGGCCUUAUUUUCACUUCAACAUGGAUAAAACGUCCUUUUCAACGCAAUGAUAACAUAAAAAUUGCUUUAGGACAUUAAAAAUUGACUGGUAUAUUUUCACUCUGUUCAGAUGACCUCUGUUUUUUUUUUUGUCAUUUCCUCAAAAAAUUCUAAGGGUUUGGAACAUUUACAGCCAAGCCAUUGUUAAAAGUGCUUUUUAAUAAUGCUAUUUUUCACUUUGUAUAGAUUGUCUAAAUUUGUACUGUCUGUGCCCUAAUAUUAUUUCCUUCAAGAGAAAUUUUUGGUACCUGGUCCCGUAAUUUUCAAGUUGAAUCAGACAACAUGGAAAGGUCCUUGUCAUCCACUUAGCAGUGCCUGCAAAUGUUUUGACCCCUGGGUUGCAGCUAACAAUAUUUAUUUAACAUUGCUUGAUUUGCAUAGUCCUCCCAUCAGUCCAUCAGUGCCAUCACCUGCUUAUUGCAUCAGUAACUUAAUGUAAUUCUGUAUUCUUUAUUUUUCGCUUGAAGUGAACCAAGGGGAAAAUGAAAGAAGUUCUCUUUCCUUGGCAAAUGAAUCACAAUUUCUCCUAAUAACCAGAUCUAGCGUAAGUGAACUUCUGACAAAUGUUGAACCAAAUUUGGAUCUCCUUUUGGUAAGUCAAUCUUCAUGAAUUUUUAAACAUUUAGCUCUGUUCUUUGCCUCUCAAAAUCCAUUUAAAAGACAAAAUAUGGUCUUUGCUGGGCUCCUUGCUAAGUUAGAUUAGGUAGCAUACAGAUAGACUUGAACAAGAGUGGUUGGGUUUGUGUAAUUUGUUAAACAGAUCUUUCUCCAAAUCUGUUUCUCUUCAUGGCUGCAAGCAAUGAUAGAGAGAAGGUGGACCUUUAAAGAAACUCAACUAUUUUGGGUUAAAUUCAAAUAUUCAAAUUAACUCUACAUAAUAUCUUUACACAAAAGUGACCACCUUAUUUGCAAUAUGGUAACUUAAUUUGAAGACUUUCAUCAUUAAGCUGUUUUUUUUUUAAUUCACAGGUAGAGGAUAAGAUAAAUCAAGUGGACAAUUUGAUUGACAGAUUCAGAGCCAACUUGGUUGUUAAUGGACAAGAACCUUUCAGAGAAGAUGAGUGGAAAAUGAUUAAAAUUGGUGAUUUGUCUUUCAAGGUAAGUUGUCAUUUCAUUUUCUCAUUGCUUUGUUUCAUGUUAGAAAUUUCUUUGUGUCAAUAAAUGGCCGGUAUUUCAUAGUAGUUUCUUUAUUCAAAACAUGUUACAACUUAACAGCAACUGUACACUUUAUUAGAGCCACUGUAAAGUGGUUCUCUUAUAUAAACGGCCCUAUGAGUAGUUUGCAACAUCAAAAUACUGGUUGAUUAGACAGACUUGCUGAAUACAGUCCAGUGACUCAAUUCCUUAUUUGAAAACUUCUUUUGUGUUCUCAUAAUAUCCUGUAAGGGUUAUCAUGCUGGUAUAACUAAUGGAUAGUUUGUUGUAUUUUGUAAUAAAUAUCUUUUAUGGAAAUGAAUCACCUUAAUUUUCCAAAAAGGACUGUGUUUUGCACCUGCUACAUGAACAUAUAUCUACCGGUUACUGAAUUGUUGUUUGCUUGUAUAACAGUCAUGACAUCUAAAAGUUACCCUGUCUUUUCAACCCACAGAGUCAGGGAAAAUGUAACCGUUGUCAAAUGGUUUGCAUUGAUCAAGAAACAGGAUUAAAAAGUGCUCAGCCACUAAAGACUCUUGGCAAGCUGCGAGGGUCACGAGUA